AUGCAAAAGACUAAACGACCAUUAACAUCUAUUGUAUCAAGAAUGUUGCACAAGAAAGGUUUGAAUCGUGGAUCAAGUAAAUCGAAUGUUUUAAGAUACAGCGAAAUAAGCACAAUUUUUGAAAUAACGCAAAGAAAUAUCACAAACUUCUUUUUUAAGAAUUCUUACAUUGCUACGAAUGUUUCUAUGAUGACAUGGAGUAUAAUUUAUCAUUCUUGGUUUGGAUUUGUUCUUCUCAUAUGGUCCAAUGUGAUUUGGAUAAGUUCAAAUCGUCGUAAAAUGAUGAUGAAAUCAAGUUCAUUUCUUGUCUUUUAUGCCAUUUUACUUCUUAUUGUUACUUACAUCUUUGGUAUGAAAUUCACGGAACAAGAAUUACCAUCAUUUGUCAAUCAUAUAAAUUUAGUACAAAUUGGACUUGUAAGAAAUGAAAAAUAUCCUGGAAUUCAUAUCAUUGCUAAAUCUUUCUUGACACUUUCGUUUUGGAUUACAAUGCGAGUAGAGAAUGAUGAGAAAAAUAUGUCACGACAUAAGAAACCUUUAACUUUCAAAGAAGCUGUGUUGAUGUUGAUAAAAAGUGAACGAUUUGUUGAAUGCUUCAACGAACUUAACGAUUAUUGGUCAGUUAUUCAAGUCAUAGGACCAGAUUCUAUCGUUACAUCGUCUACAAUAAUUCUGAUUUCAUUAACUAAAAAGUUUACAAGUUUUCGAAAAGAAGAAAAUGAAAGAUUGAGAAAAAUAUUUGUUUUGUCAAAAAAUUACGAAAAAUCAUUUGAGGCUUCAGAAAAUGGAUAUUUGAACUACCAAAAAUUUAGAAAAGUUAUCACAAUUGUGUCAAUAAUUUCAAUAGGACUUGCUGGUGCUGUGGAACCUUCAAUACUAAACAGUAUUUACUUUGUCUCUUUUUUAAUUAUUGCAACAUGGCUUGGAGUGAAUCGAGAUUAUCAAAAGAAAUUUGCAGUCUUUCUAAAGAUUUUAUCUUUUCUAUUGAUUGUGCACAUAACUGCAAUUCUUCUAUAUCAAAAUAAAUGGUUUGAACAUGAGAUCAACGAUCAAAAUUGGUAUGAACGUCUGCUGGGAUUAGACCUAUAUUACAUAUCAGACAAUUCCAAUAAACUUUUUCAACUAACAUUGAACAACGAACUUCAAAUUGAUGAUUUUUUGAAUCCUUUUGUUCUCAUUGGAUGUUAUUUAAUAAUAUCAACAGCAUCACAAUUUAUAUUGAUGCAAAAGACUAAACGACCAUUAACAUCUAUUGUAUCAAGAAUGUUGCACAAGAAAGGUUUGAAUCGUGGAUCAAGUAAAUCGAAUGUUUUAAGAUACAGCGAAAUAAGCACAAUUUUUGAAAUAACGCAAAGAAAUAUCACAAACUUCUUUUUUAAGAAUUCUUACAUUGCUACGAAUGUUUCUAUGAUGACAUGGAGUAUAAUUUAUCAUUCUUGGUUUGGAUUUGUUCUUCUCAUAUGGUCCAAUGUGAUUUGGAUAAGUUCAAAUCGUCGUAAAAUGAUGAUGAAAUCAAGUUCAUUUCUUGUCUUUUAUGCCAUUUUACUUCUUAUUGUUACUUACAUCUUUGGUAUGAAAUUCACGGAACAAGAAUUACCAUCAUUUGUCAAUCAUAUAAAUUUAGUACAAAUUGGACUUGUAAGAAAUGAAAAAUAUCCUGGAAUUCAUAUCAUUGCUAAAUCUUUCUUGACACUUUCGUUUUGGAUUACAAUGCGAGUAGAGAAUGAUGAGAAAAAUAUGUCACGACAUAAGAAACCUUUAACUUUCAAAGAAGCUGUGUUGAUGUUGAUAAAAAGUGAACGUGAGAGAAAGAAGAAAAGUUGGAAAAAGAAAUUAAUUCGAGUUGUAGAAAAGUUUUGUGUUCAUUGGUGGAUGUGGAUAAUAAUCGUAGCACUUUUCAUAAUGAGUGUCACCGGCAAAGAAAUGUCUUUAUUUAGAAUCAUCAAUAUGACUUUCGUGCUUUCCUUCAUUCUGAUUUUUCAAAUUUCAUUUAAAUUGUGGAUGAAGAUUAUGAAUUUCUUCUGGACAACUUUAAUAUCUUAUGCAAUGACUGCAUUAAUCUUAAUUUAUAUCUUCCAAUUUGAUGACUUUCCAUCUUAUCAAUGGUUGAAAAUGAUUGGAAUAAAAAAAUAUUUAAUCGGAAAACUUUUCGUCAAGCUUUUGCCAUUCACUUUGAUCAUCGUUCUGACCGGCCUGCAGAAGAAUUCUUUUCACAACAAAUAUUUAAAAAUUCAUGAAGGAAAUAUUUUAGCAGAAGAUUUUGAACAGCUAAGAAAGUAUUCAUCAAAAGCAAUUGAAAAACUUUUAUUGAUGCUUGAAAUUCAUCUCUUCAAAAUUCUCUUCAUUUCUUUGUUUUGGUUGGCAGCUAAAAACAAUAAUUUUGUGGAUUUAUGCAUAAUUAUGACUUUGACAUUUGGAUCUAUGACAAACAAGACUACAAUUAAAAUAUUCUUAUCGAUCAUAAUUUCAAUUGCAUCAAUGAUUCUCAUCAUAUUCAGGAUGAUAAAUUUCUUAGUGGAUUCCAAUUUGAUGACAGAAACUUUAAGUAACGCAUGUCAUCUAACAAAUGUAACAAAAGCAUUGCAAGAAGGUUCAAAUAAUUCACCGGUGCUUCAAGAAGAAUUAAUUCAUUCAACUUUUCCAUUCAUCGUUUAUGUGAUAUUAAUAACAAUUUCAGUGAGUCUUGAAAGAGGACAAAAAAGGAAGCGACGAGUCAACAGAUUACCCGACUCUACCCCUAAAAUAGUUUUUGAAGACAUUUCACGUCAACAUGCUGACGAAUCCUUUGAAAAUCUUUUGAAAUUUCUUGUUAAUUAUGGAUUCUAUAAAUUGGGAAUUGAAAUCACUUUACUGAUGUUUAUGAUUUUAAUUCUCACACAUGCGGAUUUAGUUGCACUUCUCUACAUUACUUUAUGGAUUCUUAUUCUGUUCCGAGAUAGAACUAGAAUUGAAUGGCUGUGGAAAGUUUUAACUGUUGUUAUUGCAGUUUCUAUCAUUGCUCAAACUAUGAUGUUGAUUUCGGUGAUUUUAGAACGAAAUUGUCUCGUCACAUAUUUUUUCAACAAGAACAAUGAAAUGAUGGAGUUGGAGAAAGUUGUAAUCAAUUUUUUUACAAGCAUUGUAAAGCAUCCAGAAAAGUUGAUUUUCGACUAUUUAUUAUUCAUGUGCAUGCUGUGUCAGCUUGAAGUUUUCAACCAAGAAAAGUCUAGACAAGCUUUAGGAAUAUUUGAAGGUGGAGGCAGUAACAUUCCAUUUACGAAAAUGAAUUUCACUUCAGACGAACACUUAUUUUAUGAAUUUAAAGGGAAGCAUAAUAAUCCGAUGAAGUUUUUUAAGCAAUACAUCUUUCGAAUUCACUUUUGGAUAACGCUUUUGAUUAUUUUUGUUGUCGGAUCACAAUCGAAGGACGUUUUCUCGCUUGGCUAUAUAUUUGGAGUGUUUAUUUUCCUAUGGAUUGGUACAAACUUUUUCUUGAAGCCUUUAAAGUCAAUUAACUGCUGGUGGAAUGGAUUUAUUAUGUACUCUCUAAUUGUCAUUGUAAUUAAAGUUUCACUCAGAGCAUUGUUUUGUUCAGAAGUUUUAAAUGUUUCUUCGAUGCUUGUUAGCUGGCCAAUUUCAUGUGAAAUUGCGAUACACCAUUAUUCAUAUUUUUAUGAUGGAAUUACGUUAAUGGCGAUGAUAAUUCAAAGGAAAAUCUUUCGUAGCUUCUAUUUUUAUAACACCAUUUACGAUGCCUUUGCAUCUUCAAUUUUGGCAUCGAGGGGAUUGGAAUUGCUGGAAGAAUUAAGAAUAUCUGAAGUGAGACAACAAAUUAAUGAAGAACAUGAAAAUCUUAAGAGUUUGAGAUUUAAAAUGGAGAACAUUAAGAAGUCGACUUGUUCUAUGGGGAAUCAAAGAAUUAUUAUGGAUUGUCAUGACGCAGUUAUUCAUAGUGGAGGUUCUUACAUGUUUGAUGACAAUAAAUUUAAUUCAAAAGAAAUGGUGGAAGUUGACAGCAUUUAUAUCGAUCAGACAUCAGAAGUGAAGAUCACUGAUCAAACAUCAAAAAAAAAGAUGAAAAAUUCUAAAAAGAAGAUGAAUAACAAAAUUCAAGAAUACAUUCUGAGAAUGUUAAUGAAAAUUGUCAUUCAAAUGCAUAACUUAUCAAGGAAACAAAUCAUCAUCAUUGAGAUAUUAUCAGAAGAUAAGAAAAUAUUGAAAAGCACAAUCGAAAAGUCUGAACUGAUGGACAAAACGCUUUCAAAUUAUAACUUUAACAAUUUUAUGGGAUGUCAAAAUCAAGCAAUUAUUCAUCAUUUACUUAAAAAAUUGAAACGAAUAACUUCAAUCAAUCUUGAUCAAUACAAACCUCCGAAUUCAUUACAAAUCUGUGAUUUUUUGAAGGCGAUUUUUUAUUUUCUUUUAUCAUUGACAGACAUUUUGGUGUACUCACUGCUUAUAAUUGUUCAGAUCAAAAGUUCGUGUGUCUUCCUGCUUCCAUUAACCCUACUGGUGUUUCUCUGGGCUUUCCUACAAUUUCCACAACCAUCGAAAACAUUUUGGGUCAUUAUGAUUGCUUACACGCAAUGCUUCAUUUUCCUUCGAUUAUUAUCAAAAUUUAAUUUUCUAUCAUGGAUACCAACCAAAAGUUCCAUAAAUUUCCUUGGACUCCAACAAUUUCAUGAAUUUGCUGUGUCAGAUUUGUGUCUUCUAGUUGCACUUUUCAUGCAAAGAUCGGUUUUGAAGAAAUUUGGUCUUUGGAAGUCAUCUAUGAAGUUUCAAUUAGAAGAAGGAUUUUUUGAAAUCAUUGAAUGUGAUGUGAACACAGCUAAUCUCAUUGAAUUUUGUUCAGCCAAUAACAUUGCUUUCAAAACAAAUGGACAUGACUAUCAAGAAGUUUCAACAAAUAGUUCAGAACUUCUCAUAAACGAUGAAAACAUUUUGGAUCGUAAAAUUUUGAUGCGACAUGAACUGAAAGUUUUGGAUGAAACUUUAAAUAAAAAAACCAUAAAAGUUAUUUAUAAAAAUCAAAAUGAAAUAAUGAAAGCUUACGAAAUAAUUUCAAUGGAUAGAAAUAAUCAAAUUUUAAUCAAAUUGUUUCAAGAUGACAUUCAAUUGAGUUUGAGAAUGUUGGAAAUCUCUGAAUAUUCUCAAAAUAUUUUCUCAUCAAAUCAGUUGGUGGAAAUUGAAAGUUUGAUUGAAGAACCAUUUGAUUUCUUUCCCACGUCUUCAAUAAUGUCUUUAAAACAUCAUUUGCAAUUGAAGUCACAUGUUAUGAACGAUGCUAAAGAGAAAGCUUUAAGAAAGCGUGUUGAUGUGUAUAAGUACAUGUUCCUUUGUGAUUUCAUAAAUUUCUUCAUUCUUGUCUUUGGAUUUCAUGAUUUUGAUUUCCAUCCUUCAACAAAACGAAAACCUUCAGUUUUAAACUUCAUUCAAGAAAAUAAAAUUCCAACGACACUUUUAACUUUACUCAUUCUACAAUUUUUGAUGAUAACAAUUGACAGGGCACUUUAUAUUCGUAAAAAAAUGAAAGCAAAACUUAUUUUUCAUGUCUUCAUUGUUAUCUACACCCACAUAUGGUUGUUCAUCAUGUUGCCACUUUUCAAAGAUCAAACGAUGAAUGAAAAGAUUUGGCCAAUUCUCUUCUACAUUAUCAAAUGCAUUUAUUUAUUACUAUCAGCUUAUCAAAUCAGAUGUGGAUAUCCUGCAAGAACAAGUGGAAAUUUUCUGAUGAGUUCUUACGGUUCUAUACGAUUGAUUUCAUUUAAAAUAUACAUGUUGAUUCCUUUCCUAUUUGAACUUCGAACAGUAAUCGAUUGGAUGUUCACAGCAACUUCUUUAACAUUUUCUGAAUGGUUAAGAGUUGAAUCGAUUCAUGCUGAAGUAUUUCGUAUUAAAUGUGCUAGGGUCACUAACAAAGGAAUGCCAAGAGCUAAGAAAAGACCUUGGUGGGAUAAAUUAAUUUUAGGGGGAGUCAUUUCAAUAUUACUCAUUACAGUGCUUUGGUUUCCUCUCGCAUUGUUUGCUUAUCAAGAUGAACUUGGCCAGCCUAAUAUACCAAAAGAUUUCUCUUUAAGCUUCUUCAUUGGAAACUUUGAAAUUUACAAAUCUCAAGCAAAUUCCGCAGAUGUUCGUCAAAUGACUGAAAAGGAAUGGAGAAAUUUUCGUCUUGGUUUUGAGAAGAAUAAUGAUGCGAAAACACUUCUAAAUGAAUUCAAUGCUGUUGAUAUUGCAGUUGUACUAUUCAGCAAACAUUCAUCAUCAAUAUGGAAUAUUUCACCACCAAGACAAGCAGAAUUGAUUAAAAUAAUCAAAGAGAACAAAUUAAACACCUUUCGUUUCACUUAUCAAAUUUCGCAACAAAAUUUACUUACUCGUCGUAGUGAUGUGAUUCGAGAUUCAACCGAAGUAGAUUUCAGUGGCAUUGAUCUUAAAGAAAAACUUAUUGAAAUGAUCAAAAAUGGAUCGGAAACAUCAAUUGAAAUUGGAAAUGUGUUUCCAAAAUAUUUGCGAGUUCUUCGAAUGGGAAAAAUUUUAUUUCUGAAAGAAUUGAUUGAUUUAAAAUCAAUUCUCUUGAAACUUCACAACGUUGAUAAUUCCAAGUGGUGGGAAGUGUCUGGAAAAUUAGGCGAAAAAUGCCUUAAGCCGCAUGACGUUUGCAAUGAUUUUCUUGAAGUUAUCUAUUUCAAUCAGAAAUCACUUGUUAGUAAAUUAGAACCAUUAAAUAACUAUUUAGUUAAAGGCAUAAUCAGUUUUUAUGUUUCACUCAUCGUCAUCUUCUGUCGUUUCUUCCGUGCAACAAUCUUCAACAUGUCCACAGUGACAAUCAUCGUUGAAGAACUUCCAAAUGUCGACAAAAUUAUUAAUUUAUGUAAUGACAUUUAUUUUGUUCGAGAAGCCAAGGAAUUUUCAUUGGAAGAAGAUUUAGUCGCCAAACUUUUAUUUCUUUAUCGAUCACCUGAAACUCUUCGCAAAUGGACGGAAUCAUGCAAAUAA